AGGAAACGAGUGCCCUGCUUUUCAGGAAACAGAAAGCUCUCGGUGUUUCCGAUUUCUUUCGUUUCCAGCUUAAGUUUCGAUAAGAAACUAAACGAGGUGGAGUCAAUGCUGCGUUGCCGAUCCCGAAGUCUGUGCCUGAACUGCUCUGAGAGAGCCUCGUUUUCUCCGGUACUCCGAGCUCCAAGCCUGAAAGAAAUAUUUUGCCGCAUAGACUGUACAAAGUUUGCCAAGAGGAAAAUGGACAAUACCCAGUCUCCAAAGAGGAAAAAGGCCAAAAAGGAAGCAGAAAAUAAUUUUUGCAGCCAGUAUGAGGAGAAGGUCCGUCCCUGUAUUGACCUCAUUGAUUCGCUGAGAGCCCUUGGAGUGGAAAAGGACUUGGCAUUGCCAGCAAUUGCUGUGAUUGGAGAUCAGAGCUCUGGGAAAAGUUCAGUUCUAGAGGCCUUGUCUGGAGUUGCCCUUCCUAGAGGCAUUGGGAUUGUUACCAGAUGUCCCUUGGAGCUCAAAUUGAAAAAAACACAUAAUACAAAUCCCACAAAGUGGAAAGGGAAAAUUGUGUAUCCAGAAACAGAGGCGGACCUGAAAGACCCAUCAGAGGUAGAAGCUGCAGUUAGGAGAGCCCAGAAUGCAAUAGCUGGUGAAGGUCAUGCCAUUAGCAACAAAUUAAUUACCCUGGAAAUUAGCUCUCCAGAUGUUCCAGAUCUCACCCUGAUUGAUCUGCCAGGAAUUAUAAGAGUGGCCGUAGAUGAUCAACCACAAGACAUUGGCGAUCAGAUCAUGAAAUUAAUUAAAAGUUACAUUACCAAACAAGAAACCAUAAAUUUGAUUGUGGUUCCAAGUAAUGUUGAUAUUGCCACUACAGAAGCACUGAAAAUGGCUGAAAUGGUAGAUCCCCAAGGAGAGAGAACACUUGAUAUGCUAAUAGUAGCUUGCUGGAAAUCUGGAAUAGCAUCCUCAGCUGGUGAGAGAGAGAGAGAUAGACAGACAGACAGACACAAGGAGAAAAACUUUCCAGAUACACACAUGCUGUUCUUCUCUAAACUGUAGUGAAGUUUAUUGUUACAGGU